AGCGGGCGGCAGGGCGGACGGCGGUGGGCGCUCCGGGGCGGCCGGCGGGCCGAGCGCCGCGCGUCCCGAGCAUGGCGGGCUCCCUCCCUCCCUGCGUGGUGGACUGUGGUACCGGGUAUACCAAGCUUGGCUACGCAGGCAACACUGAGCCACAGUUCAUUAUUCCUUCAUGUAUCGCCAUCAGAGAGUCGGCAAAGGUAGUUGACCAAGCCCAAAGGAGAGUGCUGAGGGGAGUUGAUGACCUUGACUUUUUCAUAGGGGACGAAGCCAUUGAUAAACCUACUUACGCCACAAAGUGGCCCAUACGACAUGGAAUCAUUGAAGACUGGGAUCUUAUGGAAAGGUUCAUGGAACAAGUGGUUUUUAAAUAUCUUAGAGCUGAACCUGAGGACCAUUAUUUUUUAAUGACAGAACCUCCACUGAAUACACCAGAAAAUAGAGAAUAUCUUGCAGAAAUUAUGUUUGAAUCGUUUAAUGUACCAGGACUCUACAUUGCAGUUCAGGCAGUGCUGGCCUUAGCUGCAUCUUGGACGUCACGACAAGUUGGUGAACGCACGUUAACAGGGAUAGUCAUUGACAGCGGAGAUGGAGUCACCCAUGUAAUCCCGGUGGCAGAAGGUUAUGUAAUUGGAAGCUGCAUCAAACACAUCCCGAUUGCAGGUAGAGAUAUUACGUAUUUCAUUCAACAGCUGCUAAGGGAGAGGGAGGUGGGAAUCCCUCCUGAGCAGUCACUGGAGACCGCAAAAGCCAUUAAGGAGAAAUACUGUUACAUUUGCCCUGAUAUAGUUAAGGAAUUUGCUAAGUAUGAUGUGGAUCCCCGGAAGUGGAUCAAACAGUACAUGGGUAUCAAUGCGAUCAACCAGAAAAAGUUUGUUAUAGAUGUUGGUUACGAAAGGUUCCUGGGACCCGAAAUAUUCUUUCACCCAGAGUUUGCCAACCCAGACUUUAUGGAAUCCAUUUCGGAUGUUGUUGAUGAAGUGAUACAGAAUUGUCCCAUCGAUGUGCGGCGUCCGCUGUAUAAGAAUGUCGUCCUUUCCGGAGGCUCGACAAUGUUCAGGGAUUUUGGACGUCGACUGCAGAGAGAUUUAAAAAGAGUGGUGGAUGCCAGAUUAAAGCUCAGUGAAGAGCUGAGCCGUGGCAGAAUAAAGCCUAAGCCUGUGGAGGUCCAGGUGAUAACACAUCAUAUGCAGCGCUAUGCCGUCUGGUUUGGAGGCUCAAUGCUGGCCUCAACUCCGGAGUUCUUUCAGGUCUGUCACACCAAGAAGGACUAUGAGGAGUAUGGUCCUAGCAUCUGCCGCCACAACCCUGUCUUCGGCGUCAUGUCUUAGUACCUGCCCUGAGCCCGUCGUUCUGGAGCUUCUCGUUGGGCAAGGAGCGUCCUGCAGAACCAGGCCGACUGUGGCUCCUGUACAUAGGGCUGCAGCGCCGCGCCCAGCAGCCAGCUGGGCCACCCUGUGCACGAGGCGCAGAGCCACUCGGGACAAGCCAUUUCUCUACUUGCCAAUGUCAUGUGCCCCCCUCCCCAGCUCCCCCUUGGUCUCCCCUCCUCCCCACCUGAGCUUCUAGUUGACAAGUACAGUGCAAAAGGAAUUCACACGCAGCUUUAAAGAUUGUUGGAGAAGAAAAACAUGAGCAGAUGGUGCAAAAUAGGCCCCCCUGGAAAGAAUGUGGGGUGUAAACCCUUUUUCUCCCAGCCUAUUUUUGUAAAUAAAAUGUUAUAAACUUGAAAUACAAA